AUGAUGCACGCCGUCAGCGUGACGUCCUGGCUCACGGACGCGGAAGCCGAGGCGCGGGGCGAAGGUGGCGGCGGUGGCGGUGACGGCGGCGGCGGCGAUAGUCCCGGUGUUGCGCGCUCCAUCACCGGCGAACCAAACAGGGGCUCGUUCUCGGCAUCGUCCGGCGAAGGAGGCUUCGGCCGCGCAAGCUCGGAGUCUUCCCUCUCGGCAGCAGCAGCGGGAUCGGCAGCAAGAGGAGGAGGGCCGCAAGGCGCGGGGGCCCUGAGGAGUGGCGGGGCCGAGGGAAGGGGGGGGGUCGUUCGACGCACCCCCAAGCCCGAUGCGGCGAGGACUAGCUCGAAGUUCGUCAGCCACGGGGACGCGGACGGGGGCGCUAGCUGGGACGAGGAGUUUUUCUUCGGGAGAGUGUCCGGAGAAGUUGCCGUGCGAAUCGUCUGCAUUGAUAAGCCUCUCCGCGAGGGCGCCGAGGACGAGGUCGUCGGCGAGCUCCUCAUACCGGUGUCCCGCCUGCCGCAGAACGAGCCAGUGGAGCAGUGGUACGGCCUCGAGCCUCCCGUCGGGUCCGGAAAAACCUUCACCAAGGCGGCGCUCCUCCUCCGCUUCCUCUUCACGUCCAGCUCUAGCCCCGACGCCGCCGCCGCCGCCGCUGCUACGGCCAGUGGGGCGGGGAAGGGGGACAGCGCGGCGCCGGUCGGGAGUCAAAGGCAGUCGGUAGCGGCGCUGGCGCAAGCGGAAGAUGGGGCGGCGGGGGUGGGCGGCAGCCGUGCGGGCUCUCCGGGGGGUGGGGCCGGGGCGGGGAAGGCGGGGCUAGGAGCCGGAAACGAGAGCUUCCGGCAGGCGUUGUUGAUGGCGGGAGUCACGCCGGAAGGGGCCGGCGGCGGGGGCAGCAAUGCUGAUUCUGCUGGCGUUAGAAGGACGGGCUUCCCCGGAGGAGGGGGCGCGAAGCGAGGGGACGAGUUUUCGGUGGAUCCUUCCAUCGAUCCCUUCGGUGCGGAUGAGAUCGAAGAGGGCGAUGAGUAUCUUGGUGGCGGGGGCGACGACUCCCAGGUGGCGCGGGCGGCGCACAGGGGAGAGCUGUCGCUUUUGCACUCGCAGCAGCAGCUGCAGCUGGGGAGCUGGGGCGGGUCGAACGUUGGCACUGCCGUGCUCCCGGGUACGACGGCAGCGGAAGCGGCGCUAGCCCUGUCUACAGACGAGGUCCUGCCCGCAGGUCUGGUGGACUACUUCCUCGUGGUGGGGCCAGCUGCGAACGAAGAAGGAAAGCUCAAGGUAGCGGACUACGCCGACUGCGGCUUCGGGUCUUCGGGCGCCACCGCCGGGAGGGGCGGCGGGAGCGGUCCGGGGGUCGACGAGCUACCGGCGACGGCUGUGGAGGUGGAGAGUGCCGUGUUGGAACACUUUCCGGAGGAACAGAGAGAGGAUGCCCCGUUCCCUACCAAGGUGGAGUGGUUCUGCUUCCCGCAGGGGCUGUUUCUCCGGUCCGCCGCGUCGCAGCCGGCUCCACACGUGUCCUCCUUCGUGCGGUUCACGUCGGGGGUCCGGUCGUACGGCCUGUGUCUCACCUUCUACCGCCCUGUGGACGUCUUGGAAGAAACGAACCCGUUCGUGGCGGAGUCAGCGCCGAGAGGAAACGAAGCAGGGGAGGGGGGUGGACAGAGCGCGGACGGGACGGGCGGGGGCGGAAAGCACCCGUCGCCGCCGGGGCAGCGACGACGGCGCUUGUGGUGCCCCAUCUGCCUGUGCGUGCUGACCCACAUCCCGGUGUUGGAGGGUCUGAUGCACUGGCUCAGAAUGUUCCACUGGUGCAUGGUGAGAUCUCUCCGUCCGAAGGGGGUCCUGGAGCUCUUCGCUGCGAUACUGCAGGAGGGUCGCAUCCUGCUGCACUCCGCGAAACCGGCGCUGUUAGCGGCGGUGGCGGAGGGUGUGUUCGCGCUCAUGUACCCGUUGCAGUGGCCGUACGCCUACGUGCCCGUUCUGCCCAACUGCCUGAUUGAACACGUGGAGUCACCGCAGCCGUUCAUCCUCGGCGUGCACACCGAUUGGCUCUCGGACAUCGCCCCAGACGCGCUGGAAGAGUUGAUCAUCGUGGACUGCGACCUUGGGAUCGUGGACGGGCAGGGGAUGGAGCAGCUGCCUCCCCCCGUCCGGCGGUCCCUCACCAAGGCCGUCCGCGCGGUGCUGCACGGGAACCUCGGGGGCCUCGACGCCCCCGCAAGGCUGUCGAAACCCGAAGCUGCCUCUGCUGCUGCUACGGCAACAGGAAGGAGGGCGGCGAAGGGCGGAGCACCGUCCUCCUCCUCCUCUGCCCAGAAGAGCGGGUACCUGGCCAGCGGUCCUGUGGGAGCUGUGGGGCUUAGCGCUUGGACGGAUCGCGACCGGCGGGGCGCCGUCGCGAGCGGAGACGGGACCGGCGGGCAGGGGGGCGGCGAGAAGUCAGCGGAGGUGGGGGGAGAUCAAUCCAUGGGAGGAGGCCGGCGUAGCGGUGGGGAGGUGGCGGUGCGCAAGGCGCGGAGGGGGAGGGCGCGGGGCGCCGCGGCGAGGGUGGAGGCGCUCUUGCGGCUGGAGUUCGCGCGCGCGAUGGCGGACAUGCUGUACGGGUUCACCGAGUGCUUGUUUUUUCUGCACCCUGAUAGGCCCAUCUUCAACGGCGCUCGGUUUCUGCAGGAGUACUGCGAGGAGUCCUACGUGCCGUUCAUGUCCGUGGUGAUAGACACCCUGGCCUUCAAGUACCUCCUGGAGACGCAGGACACGCCGCCGUUGCGACCGUUUCACGACCUACUGGACAAGGCUCGCAGGGAUGCGCUGAGGAAGGGAGGAGACCACCGGAAGCACCAGAUGAUCCUUGCGCCGCAAGUACCCGACGAGCCGCCCACCGCCGGGGCUUUCGACGGGCCCUUCCCUGUCGUGCACGGCUUUGAUGAAGUGGUCGUUUCCCGGCCGAAGAGCUCUGAUGCCCCCGCCGCCGCCGCCGGUGCAGCGGGAACGGACGCGGCGAGGGGAGCGGCCCGGUUGGUCGGCGGCACCGCCCUCCCCCCACCGGCGUUCGCCAUCCCGUCACCCCCUCUUAGAUCGUUCGCCCAGCACGGAGGAGGCGACGACGAUGACACACGAGGAGAAGAAGAAGAGGUAGACCUGAGCGCCAGCAGGGGAAAAGAGGGGGACGGCACUGGCAACCGAGCGGGGGGUAGCCGGGACGGCCGGGGUAGCGGCGCCGGCGGGGGCGUCUCGCAGGAAAUGGAACAUGCCGCGGAAGAGGCACGGGAAGAGGAGCGACACACACCUUCGUCGGGCGGCGAUGCCACCGCUGCCGCCGCCGGUAAUGGCUUGGGGGGGACGGGGGCGGGGCCGGGGGCGGCGGUGCCCCGGCGAAAAGGCGACGGCGGCGGGCGCGCCCGUCCGACGUCCGGAGAGGGCAGCGGGGCCAAGGGGCGCGCGAAGCGGGAGGAAAGGUCGGGCUUGAGGCUGUCGGACGCCCGCGGGAGCUUCAUCGGGAGCAGCACGCCGAUCAAGGACGAGAUGGCGGCCGAGGGGGAGGAAGAAGAUGAUAAGGGCGGCGGCGGGGGCCUUCGACGGCGAGGCUCCGGAGCGUCGUCGUUCAACUACGUCAGAAGACGCACCUCGGCAAGCGAGGAGGGAGAGGUGUGCUACGACUCGGCAGGGGACUGGGCUUCGGACGGGAGCGACGGGUUGCCGGCGGUGCUUGCCAAUCGGAGGAGGUCCGCCGCGGCGAACGACGAGGCGCCUCCACCGGCGGAGGCGGAGGCGGCCGGGGGUAGCGAAGAACGUGCCAGAUCGUUGAGAGGAAGCGACGUCGGUGCAAACAGCGACCCGGUCCAGGGGAAAGAAACGCUGCCGGCCACUGUGGCGGCGGCGGGGGGGGCGGAGGCCAGGGCGGCGGUUGUGAGAGCGGGUCAGAGCGCCGGGGAGAGCGCCCUGGAGGAAGAGCAGCCCCGGUCAUCGGAGCUUACGGUCGGAGAAGGAACGGCGCCGCCGCCGUCUUCGUCGCUCGGGGGGGCAGACAGACGACCGGAAGGGAUCCCGCAAGGGCGAGCCGCUGCGCUCGCAGCUGCGUUCGAGCGCCGAAAUACUGGCGGGGGUGGGAGCGGCGGCAGCAGCGUUAAAGGCGGGGGUACCGGUGGUGCCAGCGGCGCCGGGUGGGGUUCGGUUAGGGAGAGGGUGGCGGCGCUCUCGGCGAAGAGCGGUGAGGGUGCCACCGGCGGUGCCGGCGGCGGCAGCGGCGGCGGCAAGAACAAAGUGAGGACGUUCACAUCGGGGAGCAGGAAGCGGUGGCACGAAGGCAGCGGCGGUGGCGGCGGCGAGGAUGACUCGUCCACUCCCCCCCUGAGGCCAUCGCUAGCCUUGCGCGUCAGCUCUAACACGGCCAUCGACGAAUUCGAUGCUGCUGUGUCUCAGGCUGGCAAGAAGUUGUCGAGGGCAUGGCCGCCAGUGCGAUCGAAGGCUACCGACUUGACGACGCCACCAUCUUCGGCGGCGCCUGCUGCCCUUAGCGAGGAGGAGGAGGAUGCGCCCUCGCUUGGUGGCCCGGCGGGGGCGGGGACAACGGCGGGAGCAUCCAAGGACGCUGCCCCCACCGUCGAGCCUGCUGCUACCGCCACCCGGCCUGCAGCGGCCGAGGCAAUAGAGGAGGAAGAAGCGGUGGAGCCUGAUGCGGUGGCGGCUGGGCCGAGUCGGCGAGAAUCGGGGGCCCCGCCGAAUCCGUCCGUAGGGUCCGGGAAGCGGUCAAGCGGCGGCGGCAGUGUGUCGGUGGAGGAUGGCGCGCCUGCUCACGGCCGGCAAGAGAGCAGCAGUGAGGCUUUUGACGAUGAUGAGGGUUACUACGAGCCGGUCCUGGCGCCGCUUUCAUUGGUGGACUGGUCCCACGAGCCUUUGUUUGCCCUCGGGGACUGGGACCUGCCGCAGCCCAGGGAGUGGACUUUAGCCGACAUUGGCAAAGAGAUCGCAGAAGACCUAGGAGAGGCCCUCCGAGCGCAAACGGAGGGCAGCGCCAACGCCGGCCUCGGGCACGGGGCGUACUCGCUAAAGGCAGGGGCGGGGCUGGCGGCGGCGGCGGCGGGGGCCGGGGACGGCGAGGAGCUCGACAGAGAUAGCGAGAAGCUGCUGCAGUGUCUGGAGGCGGUGUACUCAUCGGACAGGGUGUCGGAGGAGGUUGUGAUGGACGUGGAGGAGACGCUAAGGACCAAGCCAGUGGUGCAGAAAAUGUUCUUGCAGGUCCUGCGGCACGCGAGCCAGCGGGGGUACGCCAGCAGCCGCGGCCCCACGCUCCUCCACGGCCCGUCCUUCGAGACCCUGGCGCGCUUCAGCUACACCCUCCUGUGCGUGUGCGUGGACCGCGUCGACUACUCGGUGGCUCACACCCUCCUGCAGCUCACCGGAAACUACUUCCAGGUGCACGAGGGCGGAGGCGACAUGUUCAGGGGGCAGCCGGGCGGCGCGGGUGUGCCGGCGGCAGGUGGGGGGGCAGGAGUUGACGGCGGUGGCGAGGGGGAGCAGCCGGGGUACUUCAGCGAGUUCCUGAGUGCCAGGAUAUGUCGGCACCCGAUAUUCACGGACAUGCGUUUCUGGCAGCACGUGCUAAGCGAAGCCGUACAGGCUAAGACGGAAAAGAUAGCCAAGGACCGUCACUCGAUUGCCUCCGCGAGGCGAGCCGGCGCUGGCGGACACGCCAAGGACGAAGGGGGCGGGGGCAGCUUGCUAUCGUCCCCGGGUAGCCCCGACGAGGCGGUGGCGGCGUCGAACCUGCUCGGCAAGAAUCCGGGGCUGAAGAAGCUGGACGCCGAGGCCAACCUUGCUGUGGAGUUCAAGGACCCAGCUUUGGCAUCGGAGAUCGUCUGCCGACAGGUGAAGGUUUUCCUGUACGAGAUGGCGUCUAUCGGCAUGCGAGCGAAAACGGCGCAGCGCUACGUCGAGGCGGUCUCCCUCCAGUACAAGCUUCAGCCGUCGGCCAGAAACCGCUUGUCGGAGACGGUGCGGCUGGUGUGGGGCGCCGUGGCAAGCAUGGCGGGACCCGGGUCUCCUCCUUUCGGGUCCGAGCUCACCCCGGAGAUGUCCGUCGCCCAGGCGGGCUGGUCGCAGGCCAAGAUCGACGCAGACGCCGAUGCCGACCUGGCCGCCGUCCACUCCGGACAACCACCACCACCGCCCGCCGCCGCCGCCGCCACUAGCGGCGGCGGAGCAACCUCCUCGGCGCUCAGCGCCGCGACGCCUAACUCGGGCGGGGGUAGCGGCGGCGGCGGCGGCGGCGGCGGCAGGCCGGGGUCCUCGCCUUCGGCGUUCUCUGCCACCACGGCGGGGGCGGGGGCGGGGGCGGCGGCGAUGAGCAGGCUUCCGUCGUUGAGGCUGAGCGCGUCGGAGCUGGUGGAGCAGCUCCAGGCGGAGAGCAGCCCGUCGCCGAGGAUGCCGACGGCACCGGCAUCUGGGUCUCGAGGAAGGUUCCGAUCCCCGGGCUCAACCCCUCACAACGCCGGCACUGGCACCGCUGCCGGCAGCAGCAACAACAAGUUCCUCUCCUCCACGUUCAGCCCGUCCAGAAGCACCGGCGUCGGCGGCGGCGGCAGCGGCCGAACAACUCCCUCCACCCUCUCCCCGCAGCGGAACAACACGCGCUCACGAACAGAGUCGCCGGGAGGCGGGGGGGGCGGGGUUGUAUCCACCGGUACGUUGGGACCUGGGUCCGUGUUCGGCAGCGGCGGCCGGGGGCGGUCAUUGGAGGCUGAGCUGUCACCGCGGCGUCCUCUCGUCCGAGGGAGGCCGCCUUCGGCCGCGGCAGGGGCGGCGGCGGCGGCGGCGGCUAGCGGAGAAGGGCUGGAAGAAGCAGAAGAGGCGCCGUACUCGCCGGGUCCCUCCGGCGGCGUGGCGGGGGCCGGAGCGGACCUCGCGAGGCGUUUCUUCUUCGGCGCGACGGCGGAGACGUCACCGUCCCCGCCGCCGAACCCGCCGCCGGAGAAGCAGUUGUCAGCAGCGGCGGCGGCGGAGCCGUCGACGCUGCCUUCCUCCCCACAGGGGUCGUUUCCACCGCCUUUACUGGGUCACGCGAAGUCCGUCUCGAGCAGCGGGAGCAUCGGGGAGGGAUCGGGGUGGGCGGAGACGGUUUCAGGAGGGCCGGGGGAGCUGCCGUCGUUGCUAGCGCCGGUGGAGUUGCAUGGGAGAGACGGGGAGGGAGCGACGCACCACGGUCCCAUACUUUGUCUCGCAGCGUUCGAAUCGAGAGCUUGCGCCGGUUCUACGGACGGCACGUUGAGCGUGUACGACUUGUCGCUGGUGUCUAGAGUCGGCGUCUUGAGCGGCCACACGGGCCCGGUGACGACGGUAUCCUGCGGGGACGACUGGGUGCUGUCGGGAUCGUCGGACUCCUCCCUGCGGCUUUGGCAGAACGUCAGCGAUAGCGCCAGCAGCACCACCCCCCCCCGUCGAGGAUUCAUAUCGUUGGGGUGGCAGGCACCGGCGAACGCGGGAACAUUCAAGGCUAAGGUGUUGGCGGGCCACCAGGGUCCGAUCACGGCGGCUUCGGCUCACCCUCGUCGUGUGGAUGGCAAGCCUUGGCUAGCCGUAAGCGGGGGAGAGGACAACCAGAUCCGAAUGUGGGACCUGAGGACUCGGAGGUGUAAGGUUAUCUUCACCGGACACACCAAGGCCAUCACGUGUCUCACAGCUCUCCGAGAGGACAGUAGUACUCUCGUACUGAGCGGUGCAAAGGAUUGCACCGUCCGCUUGUGGGACAUCAACGAAGCUUCCGGGUGCAAAGCGCUCCGAAAGUUCUCUGGGCACGAGGGAUCCAUAGGGACGAUUCUGAAGAUCGGGCCGUUCGCAGCGGUGAGCUGCUCCAACGACCGCACUUUGAGGACAUGGGACCACCGCGUAAAGGGGUCGGUGGGCGUCCUGAGGGGACACACUGGCCCGGUUACCUGUGUGCAGCAAAUGCCCGCCAACCGGAGUGUGUUGGCGAGCGGCUCCGCGGACGGCACCGUGAUGAUGUGGGACGUGAGAGCUACGGCGAAGGGACCGUCUUACACAUUGCGGGGCCACAAGGACAGGGUGACUGGCCUGCUGGCUAGCGGCCGGAGCGUGUAUUCGUGCAGCGAGGACGCCUCGAUCCACGAAUGGGACUGGGACACCGGUCAACUCAAGAGCAGGUUCUUCGGCAACAGGGGCAAGGGGGCGGGGGGCGGUGGCGGCGGGCGGGGGGCCGGGAACGGGAGCGGGAGCGGAAGCAACAACGGCGGCAUCUCUUGCCUCUCCGGGACGGGGGCGGCGGUCCUCACGGCCGGGUGGGACAAGGUUGUUCGCAUGUGGCCCCGGUCGGCACCGGCGCCGCAGUCGCAGGAGGCCGUGGCCGCCGCGGCGGCGGCUGCCGCGGCGAGCGCGCAGGCUGCGGGCGGUAGACGACGGUAGUAGGGUUGGAGUAGUAGUGUAGCGCUGACCCGACUGGCGUGUUGGCGAGACUCGGCUAGGGGAGAGAGAAAAUGUUAGCUAUGCAUAUUAGCUCUUGUUUGUUGCUGUCGUUGCUUUUUUUGUGUUUGGGGGCUUCGCUUGGGUCGAGGAGCAGCGGGGCCGACGUUUAUUGGCUAAACUCGGUCCCUGUAGCCGCGGUGUGUGUGUGUGUGUGCGCGCGUGCGCCGCCUCUUGUCAGGCGAGGACGGAUUAUUUCUCUCUUGCGAGUUUGUGGGGUGGUGGU